AAGAAGAAGAAGAAGAAGAGGAGGAGGAAGAAGAAGAGGAUGGGGGCUGUCUUGGGCCUCUGCUCCAUGGCGAGCUGGAUACCAUGUUUGUGUGGCAGUGCCCCAUGUCUGCUGUGCCGAUGCUGCCCCAGUGGAAAUAACUCCACUAUAACAAGGGUGAUAUAUGCUCUGUUCUUGCUCCUUGGAGUGGGUGUUGCAUGUGUGAUGUUAAUUCCAGGAAUGGAAGAACAGCUGAUGAAGAUUCCUGGAUUUUGUGAUGGCCAAGUGAAUUGUGAUGUCCUAGUAGGCUAUAAAGCAGUAUAUCGGGUGUGCUUUGGUAUGGCCAUGUUCUUUCUCCUGUUCUCCUUAAUGAUGAUCAAAGUGAAGAGCAGCAGUGAUCCAAGGGCAGCAGUACACAAUGGAUUCUGGUUCUUUAAAUUCAUCACAGCUGUUGCAAUUACAGUUGGAGCGUUUUUUAUUCCAGAAGGACCCUUCACAACAGUGUGGUUUUAUGUAGGCAUGGCUGGUGCUUUCUGCUUCAUCCUUAUCCAGCUAGUUUUACUUAUUGAUUUUGCCCACUCUUGGAAUGAAUCUUGGGUCGAAAAAAUGGAAGAAGGAAACUCAAGAUGCUGGUAUGCAGCUUUGCUCUCUGCCACAGCAUUAAACUAUCUUCUGUCUCUGGUGGCAAUUGUCCUAUUUUAUGUCUAUUAUACUCUGCCCGAUGGCUGUUCUGAAAAUAAGGCAUUCAUCAGUGUCAAUAUGCUGCUGUGCAUUGGAGCAUCUGUAAUGUCAAUUCUGCCUAAAAUCCAGGAAUCACAACCGAGAUCUGGGUUGUUACAAUCAUCUGUGAUCACUGUUUAUACAAUGUAUCUAACCUGGGCGGCAAUGACCAAUGAACCAGACAGACAAUGCAAUCCAAGUUUGCUGAACAUAAUUGGCUAUAAUUCCACAAGCACUCCAAGUAAGGGUCAGUUUAUCCAUUGGUGGGAUGCCCAAGGAAUUGUAGGCCUCAUCUUGUUCUUAAUGUGUGUUCUGUACUCAAGCAUCCGGACAUCCAAUAAUAGUCAGGUAAAUAAACUGACAUUAACCAGUGAUGAGUCAACACUGAUAGAAGAUGGACUUCCCAGGAGUGAAGGCUCUCUUGAUGAAGGAGAUGAUUUGCACCGUGCUGUUGAUAAUGAGAGAGACGGAGUUACUUACAGUUAUUCAUUCUUUCACUUCAUGCUUUUUCUUGCUUCGCUUUACAUCAUGAUGACCCUAACCAACUGGUACAGCCCUGACCCUGUGUCUGCAUCAAUGACCAGUAAGUGGCCAUCUGUGUGGGUGAAGAUCUCUUCCAGCUGGAUUGGCAUAGUCCUCUACGUGUGGACUCUGGUGGCUCCACUUGUUCUAACAAACCGUGAAUUUGACUAAGCCAAGUGUUUCAUCUGAAAGCUCUUGCUUUAUUUUGUUGCUAAUUUGAAGCUAACAGUAUUCAACAUUGAGAUGUAAUUUGUAAAUAAUACGUGUAUGUAUUGUCUGAAUAGUUUAUCAUGUCUUCUGCAUGGUUACACUUUUAAAUCAUGUUCACUUGCUAUUUCAGUGACUGUUUUCUAGUUGAGCUUGAUGAUGAUAAUAAUAAUGCAUAUUAAUGAUUAA